UGCAUAUUUCAUCAAAUCUUUGUCCUAGAUGGGGACUUUGUUAUUAAACUGCAGCAAUUUGCAGCUAAAACCUAAUAAAAAUAUCACUGUGUGUAAGAAUAAUAGUCACAGUCACACACCCAAAAAUAAGUUUUUAAAUGUAGUGAACUGUCAAAUUAAUGUAAGCUGUAAUUCUUCAUUGAAGUGCAUUGGAGAAUUUGACAGAACUAGAAUUAAUGGCGGACAUGAAAAUGUUGUAAUGAAGAAUGAUGACCAUGAAGGCAUUGGUAUUGUAAAUUUUCUUCAAGGGAAGACAUUGUUCAUCACUGGUGCAACUGGGUUUUUGGCUAAGGUUCUUGUUGAAAAGAUUUUAAGUUCAGUACCGGAUAUUGGGAAGAUAUAUCUGAUGAUUAGGGCAAAAACCCAGGAAGCUGCAAUGGAAAGAUUGAAAUCUGAAAUAAUUGAUGCAGAAAUAUUCAAGUGUCUAAAGGAAAAGUAUGGAAAGGGGUAUGAAGAUUUCGUGCUAAGCAAGUUAUUUCCAGUGGUAGGAAAUGUGGGUGAAUUAGGUCUUGGCUUAGAAGAAUCAAUGGCUAAUUUGGUCGCAAAAGAAGCCCAUGUCAUCGUUAAUUCUGCAGCCAAUACAACUUUCUAUGAAAGAUAUGAUGUUUCUGUUGAUAUAAACACAAGAGGAAUCUACCAUCUUAUCGACUUUGCCAAAACCUGCAAUAAUUUGAGGCUCUUCCUACAGAUAUCAACAGCCUAUGUUAACGGAACAAGAAAAGGACAGAUUAUGGAGACGAUAUUUAAGACGGGGGAUGGCAUAAUAGAUCAAAAUUAUAAUUUGUCGACAGCAUUGAACAUUGAAAGUGAAAUGCAGUUGGCCUUUCACGCAAGAGAAGCUUUCAACCACAAUUCUUCAUCUCAAAAUUUAAACAAGUUAGGAUUACAAAGAGCAAAAGAAUGUGGAUGGCAUGAUACUUACACGUUUACAAAAGCAAUGGGAGAAAUGAUAUUAAGUGAAGUGCCACUGCCACUGCCAGUAGUUAUUAUUCGACCAACUAUUAUUGAGAGCACCUAUAAACACCCAUUUUCUGGAUGGAUACAAGGAAAUCGGAUGUUAGAUCCGAUAAUAAACCACUAUGCUAAACGACAACUCACAUGUUUUAUGGGAGACCCUAAUUGCGUUGUUGAUGUGGUCCCAGUCGACAUGGUGGUUAAUGCAACAUUAGCAGCCAUGGCGAGACAUGGAAGAGCAAGAGAAGCAAAUGUGAGUGUGUACCAAGUUGCUUCAUCCAUGAACAAUCCAUUGACUCUCCAACAAUUUGUCACUCUAUUCUAUGAACAUUUCAAAUCCUCCCCAUUUUUUGAUUCAAAAGGCAAGCCCAUCAAUGCUGCAAAACCAAUGAAAUUAUAUGCAUCAAUGGAUAAAUUCUCAAGUCAUUUAGAGAGGGAUAUAAAGGAGUUUUCAAAUUCAAAGAAUUCUGAGAUUUUUGCUAAAAGGUUCAUGGAGCAAGUAAGGCAGCUGGCUACUCUUUAUACUCCAUACUUCUUUAAUGAAGCACGGUUUGAUAGCAGUAACUUGCAAAAAUUGAUGGAAGAGAUGUCCGAAGAGGAGAAGGUAGAAUUCGGAUUUGACGUGGCAAGCAUUCAUUGGGAUUAUUAUAUUAAAGAAGUACAUGUUCCUGGUCUAAGGAGGCAUGUCAUUGGACUUGCUAAAGAAAGAAAGCUAGUUAGCUAGUGUAAUAGCUUCCACCGUUGUUGGUGAUAUAAUUUCCGACGUGUUGUAUGUAAUUUGUCAAUAUCGACAUGAUAAUAGUGGAAACUAAAAUUAAAAAAGUCGGAAUUGAAAAUUAAUAAAAAUAUAUGAAUAUGGAUUAUGACUUCGUCGUCAAUAAAUUGUUAUAA